CGCCGCAGAUCCGACACGCUUCACCAUGCCCUCCACUCACAACACGGAAAAGCCCUGGGAUACCGAUGACAUUGACAAGUGGAAGGUCGAUGUCUUCAAGCCCGAGGAUAACCUGGGCGGCACCUUCACCGAGGAAUCUUCUUUCGCAACCCUCUUCCCCAAGUAUCGCGAAGUUUACUUGCGCGAAGCAUGGCCGCUCAUCACGCGCUCUCUGGAGAAGCUCGGCAUCGCGUGUACCCUGGACUUGGUCGAGGGUUCCAUGACGGUCAAGACGACGCGCAAAACCUACGAUCCUGCUGCCAUUCUCAACGCGCGAGACCUGAUCAAGCUGCUGGCGCGUAGCGUGCCUGCGCCGCAAGCGAUAAAGAUCCUCGACGACGGCGUGGCGUGCGACGUCAUCAAGGUCCGCAACUUGGUGCGCAACAAGGAGCGCUUCGUCAAGCGGCGGCAACGCAUUCUCGGGCCGGACGGGAGCACGCUGAAGGCGCUGGAGCUGCUCACGGGCUGCUACAUUCUGGUGCAGGGCAACACGGUGUCGUGCAUGGGCGGCUACAAGGGCCUGAAGGAAGUGCGCCGCGUCGUGGAAGACUGCAUGGCCAACAUCCACCCAAUCUACCACAUCAAGGAGCUGAUGAUCAAGCGCGAGCUCGCAAAGGACCCGGAGCUUGCCAACGAGAACUGGGAACGCUUCCUUCCCCACUUCAAGAAGCGCCACACGUCGAAGCGCAGGACGCCCUUCAAGGUCACGGACAAGAGCAAGAAGGUCUACACGCCCUUCCCGCCGCCCCAGGAGAAGAGCAAGGUCGACCUGCAGAUCGAGAGCGGCGAGUACUUCCUCGGGAAGCAGGCCAAGGAGCGCAAGGAAAAGGAGAGGAGGGAGGAUGCGAUGAAGACCAAGAUGGAGCAGAAGCGGAAGGAGCGCGAGAAGGACUUUGUUGCGCCCGAGGAAAACGUCAAGGAGAAGAAGAAGCGGAAGAGGGACGAGGAUGGCGGGGAGAAGAAGAAAAAGAAGAAGACGGCCGAGUCUUCGAAGUAGAGGGAGACAGGAAUAAAAAAACAUGGGAGUGGUUUCAGUUUUUCUUUAUUUUGCUUUUUUCUUUCUAUCUCAAGUACCUAGCAUUGGCGACGGCGUUUGGAGGGGAUACAGUAGGAUAUCCAACGAUGGAAUUUGAAAUUGUCCCGCCUCCAUUGAAACCAACUGCAUCACUUGUCUUCGACCUCGUCCUAUACGAACCGCGCUCCCGGAGACGUCAUUAUAUGUGGGCGUGGAGAACGAGGUAGGUAGUGAGGUACGAGCAGCUGCGUACUAGCGCACCGGCUCCAGCUCAAGCUCCGUACCCUUGCUCUUCCGCCUCCGCCGCUGUCCAUCGCAACUUUUUUUUUUUU